AUGAAAGCGCUGAAAAAGAAGAGUAGGACGAAGAACGAGUAUCAGCAUAAGAAACCCAAAAUGAGCGACGACAGCGGAUGUGCUCAAGACUUAUCAGAAAAAAAGAAAAUGUUGGUAAUGGCUUCUCUCAAUCGAGAGUCUCUUUUCAAAAGGAAUGUGUGCUCUUUUGGACCAACAACCAUGCGGUCAACGAUGUGCUACUGUAUGGCGGCGUUAGCUCAACCUAGACAAGGCGAUGUGGUACUUGAUCCAAUGUGUGGUGGUGGCUCCAUUCCGCUCGAGGCUGCGCUGGCAUUUCCAGGAUGCCUGUUCAUCGGUGCUGACAUCCAUCCAAAAGCUAUUGAGCGGUGUUUGCAAAACGUGCAACACUGCGAGGCCGAAUUGAUGCAAAGCGGUUCGGAAUUGUCGUUCGUUGCUUGUGAUGCAGUCAACUUACCGUUUUCUGAAAGCUCCAUCGACAGCAUUGUCACUGAUCUCCCGUAG